AUGGCGAUGAACAUCAAACCAAUUCCGACCCUGGACAGCGAAGUGAACGAUAUUCGCAUGGCCACCGCGGAAAUUGUAAACAACGAUAUUGUGCCGAACGAAAAACGGCUCUGGGGUUGGCUUGCAGACAGUGCCAAUGCCACCAACGAAGUGAAAGCCGAAGCCACCGAGCUGCGCCACGAGAUUCAGAGCAAGGUCAAAAAUGCCAAUCUGUGGGCGCCACACCUGCCCCAGGAGUUUGGCGGCAUGGGUAUCUCGUUUCUGCAGCAUGCCUACAUGAACGAAAUACUCUCCUACAGCCCCGGCGCAGCCUCGCUGUUUGGCGUGGUUGCGCCCAAUUCAGGCAACCAGAAGAUUCUGGCCAAAUACGGCACACCUGAACAGCACGAGCAAUGGUUGAAACCCCUCACUGAAGGCACGAUGCAAUCGGGUUUUUCUAUGACCGAGCCGGACAACCCCGGAUCUGAUCCGAGGUCUAUCAAAACCCAGGCGGUACUGGAUGGAGAUGAGUGGGUCAUCAACGGCCAUAAAUGGUUUACCUCUAAUGGCCAUGCCGCAGACUUCUUUAUUGUCAUGUGUCGUACCGCUGAUCCGAACGAUCCAAGCGGCGAUAAGCAGACCAUGACCCAGAUCAUCGUGCCCAAAGACAGCCCCGGGUUGAAGGUUGUGCGUGGGGUGCCGGUCUGGGGUAAAGCGUCCAGUCAUUGUGAAAUCAUCUACGACAAUGUCCGGGUACCUAAAAAUAAUCAGUUGGGGCGUACCGGCUCCGGCCAUCAGGCGGCACAGGAUCGUCUGGGUGCAGGGCGGGUUUAUCAUUGCAUGAACUCAAUUGGCUCCAUGUGGCGUGCGUUUGAUCUGAUGAUUGAGCGCUUAACUACCCGCGAAGUGCACGGUGGUGAAAAGCUGGAGGAAAAACAGUUUAUGCAGGGGUUUGUUGCGGAGAGUUAUAUGGACAUUCAGUCCGCUCGACUGAUGACGAUUCACUGCGCUGAAAAGAUGGAAACCGGGGUAGAUCCGCGCACGGAUAUCUCUGCGAUAAAAAUUUUUGUACCCGCAGCCUAUUCUCGGGUGGUCGAUCGUGCCAUUCAGGUGUGGGGUGCAGCAGGGGUUUCGGGAGAUUUGCCAUUGGCCGGAAUGUAUCAGGGCGCGCGCACGCUGCGCCUUGCGGAUGGUCCGGAUGAGGUGCAUAAAAUUCUUAUCGCUAAACUGAUCCUCCGUCGCUAUCACGCCGGCGAAACUUGGGAUUUUGGCAACUGA